AUGUUUCGUGCUAUAUUUCGCAACAAUCGGCUCCCCUUGCGCAGCUUUUCUACAUCCGCAACACGUCACGAGAUCAAAGAUAUCAGCUCUUUGCCUGGGCGUCUGCUGCCAAAAUACCAAGAAUCCUGCGACGGGGAGCUUCUGUCUCUUCAAUGGCCAGCACCGCCGCGGAACAUUUUUCUAGUGCGCAAAGACUGCGCUCCCGCAGUCACCGACUCUCUGGUUGAACUUGUCAGUCAUGUGUCCUCCACAUACCCUUCUAUCUCCGUGAUCCUCGAGUCCAAAACGGCUGCCGAAGUACACUCCUCCCUCCCCUUUCCUGUUUACGCAGUUUCGCUCGACGAGAAGUCAACCGCGCUCCACGACAAAGUCGACCUGACAGUCACACUCGGUGGAGAUGGAACAAUUUUACAUGCAGCAUCGCUUUUUGCAACCUGCUCUAAUGUCCCACCUGUUCUAUCAUUUAGCAUGGGCACAUUGGGCUUCUUGAGCGAAUGGAAAUUCUCGGAGUACAAGCGAGCCUUCCGAGAAGUCUACAUGUCUGGCGCUGGCGCCGGAGAUCGUACCCCUGUAUUGGAAAAGCCUCCAGCGGCAGAGGGACCGGAGCCCGAGGGCCCGACCGGAUGGUCCUCUGUCCGAGGCAAGUCUAUGGGCUCUACUCGCGGGGCGCGUAUUUUAAUGCGCAACCGGCUCAAAGUCGGUCUGUUCACGGCAGACGGAACUGAAACGACCCCCAUUCGAACCAAGAGCGACAAGGGCCAGGGGGUGUACGUGAUGAACGAACUUCUCAUUCAUCGCGGUAAGGAACCGCACCUAGCCGUGGUGGAUGUGUUUGUGGGUGGACGGUUCCUGACCGAGGCUGUGGCCGAUGGAAUCAUAAUUUCAACUCCAACGGGAAGUACAGCAUACAGUCUCAGCAGCGGGGGCAGUAUUGUACACCCACUGGUACCGUCGAUUCUGUUGACGCCGAUCUGCGCGCGUAGCCUUAGCUUCCGCCCCGUGGUCCUCCCUUCCAGCACCCCUAUCACACUGCGGCUGAGUGAGAAAAACCGGGGGCGCGAACUCGAGGUCAGUUUAGACGGCGUCAAUUUAGGCCAAGGGAUGGGAGUUGGCAUGGAGGUCCGAGUGUGGAAUGAGGAGAUGAGGCAUGGCAAGAAUGAGUGGCAGGGAGGUGUUCCCAGUGUCAUGCGGAGAAUUCCGUUAGUCCGUCACCGAAGGGCCUCAGGAGGUCUCGGCGCAUUCGCUACCCUAGCCCAGGGCCGUCUACACGUACUGGACCGCAACAAUGACAUCCUCUUAUGGAAAGUCGGUAUCUCCCGUCCCAUCACUCUCUACUGCGAUACUCACAAUCAUUCCAGCAACAUGUACGGGCCUGAUCAGUUUAUGAAUCCGGGGCCAGCUCCCCGCCCCCCUACCGAUCGUCCUCCCCAAUUGACUCUGCCGACCAACACAAAUGCCUCCUUUGCUCAGAUGAGUCUGGACUCUCCAAGCACCCCGGGUCCACAGUCUGCAAACCUGUCGCUUUUUCCCAACACCAGUAGCCCGUCUUUGUCCAUGAAUCGGAGCAAUACCAGCCAGGGUGGAAUCGCCAUCGUCAAAGAAGGCACGGUUCGUUGUAAAGAGGACAAGUUCUUGGCAACGUGGAAUCAACGAUACUUAAUUCUACGAGAGUACAAACUUGAGUUUUUGAAGAAUGACUCCUCAAAGGUGGUUAUCUCGUUCCCUUUGUCCACGGUCACCGCUGUGUCCCGUUCCGAAGAUUGCAAGAUGGCGUUCGAGGUCACUCGCUUGGCGAACCCCAAGGAUGCCACCUCCAAAAGCGCUUUGUUGACCCGCGACUUGCCCACCAAGACGAUCACGUGUGAAGUCAAGUCCGAUGAUGAGAUCUAUGAGUGGAUUGAUAAGAUCUAUGAGCGAUGCCCCGUCCGGUGCCUUCGUCGGGUUGCCCCCGAGUGGGAGAAGCUUUUGACGGCCUCGGCCAUCACAAAGGAGGACUACAAGAAGAAUCCCCAGGCGGUGAUUGAGGUUCUUGAGUUUUACUCCGAUAUCAAGAUGCGCGAACAGAACCCUCAAUAUUACGCUGGGAUCAACUCUCCUGCAAACGGUCAACAACCUAAGCCGUAUGGCAACAGUGUCGGAAACUCUAUCGCACCACCGAGACCUCCUCCACCUGGGCCGAUGCAACGCCUGGAUAGCGGUUUGUCAAAGCAAGCCGAUGGGUCCAUGCGCUCUGCCUCUGGCUCGGCAGGUCAAACAGAUCGUCAGAAUGAGCAGCAGCAGCAAUUGGAACGCAUGAAGGAGAUUGCAGACCAGGAACGCCGCCGUGUGGAAGAGGAAGCCCGGCGUAAUAAGGAGGAUCAAGACGCAUACAAUGCAUCAAUCCCGCAGACCCGUACUCCGGGCGCCAAGCAAGAGCUCGGUGGAUAUGGAGGCGAAGAUUCCUCUCAGAACAGUCGCUACCAACCUAGCCGCCCUGCUCCCCAAGCCCCAGGUGCUGCUGCUCGUGCUCAAGACCCCCGACAACUCACCGCACAACGUCCGGCACCAGCGCCGCCAUCUCAAAGCCCCUACGGCCAGGGUAUACCCCGAGCGCCUGGUGCUCCUCGGGCUGAUGACCGCCAAGGCUCCCCAAGCUCUCGUUACCCCCCUAAUGAUCCUCGAAACCAGAGCCCCGCUAGUCGCCCACAGCAGAAUGGAGCGAAGGGCCAGCAGGCCGGUCCACCUCCCACUCGUCUGCCGGCCCCCGUUCAGGCUGUGAAGCCGCUGAACAUUGCCAACAAGCAAGGCCACGCCAAGCAGGACAGUGUCCGCCAGGCAGAGGCCGCCCUCAGCAACAAGAAGCCCGAACCUCGUCAGAAGGAGGUGCGCAUGUCCGCCAUGUCAGAGAACGAGGUCAUGGACCGACUUCGCGCAGUGGUUUCCAAGGACAACCCCAACGAGUCCUACAGCAAGCAACGCAAGAUUGGACAAGGUGCUUCCGGUUCCGUGUAUGUGGCGCGCGUGAAGGAGGGUGCCACCUCUAGUGUUGCUCACGAACUCUACCGCACUUACGGCCCGCGCUGCCAGGUCGCUAUCAAGCAGAUGGACUUGCGUAGUCAGCCUCGCAAGGAGCUGAUCGUCAACGAGAUCAUUGUCAUGAAGGACAGCCAGCACGCGAACAUUGUCAACUUCCUUGAUUCCUUCCUCCAGGAGUCCAGUAACGAGCUCUGGGUCGUCAUGGAGUUCAUGGAAGGUGGUGCGUUGACUGAUGUGAUUGACAACAACAAGGUCAUUACUGAGCAUCAAAUUGCAACAAUCUGUGCCGAGACAUGCAAGGGUUUGGCCCAUCUCCACAGCCAGAACAUCAUUCACCGCGACAUCAAAUCUGACAACGUCCUCCUUGACAAAGUCGGCAAUGUCAAGAUCACCGAUUUCGGUUUCUGUGCUAAACUCACUGAGUCCAAGAACAAGCGUGCGACAAUGGUCGGAACUCCCUACUGGAUGGCUCCAGAAGUCGUCAAGCAGAAGGAAUAUGGUCCCAAGGUCGACUGUUGGUCACUGGGUAUCAUGACCAUUGAACUGAUCGAAUCCGAGCCCCCCUACCUCAAUGAGGAGCCCCUUAAGGCCCUCUACCUAAUCGCCACAAACGGAACGCCCCGCCUCAAGAAAGCCGAAGCCCUCUCCAAGGAGAUCAAGUCCUUCUUGAGUGUUUGCCUCUGCGUCGACGUUCACUCCCGUGCUACUGCGGACGAACUCCUCGCUCACGACUUCUUGCAGAUGGGUUGCAGUCUUGCAUCGCUUGCUGAGUUGCUUCGCUUCAAGAAGGCCUCUGGCCAGUGA